AUGGGAGCCACGAAAAGAGCAUGUUUUGGCAGAAGCAAUUCAGUUCAGGCAACGCCACCUGUAAGCAACAAUCAGGAUUCACAACAAAGCCCGAGAGUGCCUGCGGCAGCCAACCAACAGCAACAUCACCAGUUGAGUAGCUACCGUGUUCGAAGAUUGCGCUCUGCUAGUCAUUCGAGUUCCUCGACGGGCUUGAACAACAUAAACAAUAACAACGGAAGUGGUGUCCCAGGAGGAACCAUUUCCUGCAACUCUGAUAGUUCUAGCGGUAGUGGUAGUGGUAGUAGUAAUAAUACAAUUAAUACAAUAUCUACUACCAGCAACAACAAUACGAUCACUUAUAACCAUAACAACUGUAGUACACUGAGGCACCAGCGGCAUCACCACUAUCUUCAUACAACCACAGUACGAUCGAAUUCUUCAGCUAUAUCUACGACUAUUACGGCAGCCGUCAACACGGGGGGUUUUAUUUCAAGAGUUUUUGAUAACGGUAGCAGUAGUGCUCCUUACAACAUCAAUACAAUCACUACCAGUACGGCACAAACAAACAACAACUUGGUCGCAACAGCAAUAAUAGCAACCACUUCCACCAGUGAGAGUGAUCGGAGAGAAGAUAUAGGACUAGGAGUAGAAUCAGGACCAGAAGCAACAGAGACGGCCGACAUACCAGUGAAAUCAGCAGCGGCAACAACGACAGGAACAAUAGCCAUAGCUGCAGGAUCCGGGACGCCAGGGGGACGAGGAGGAAAAGCUAGUGUAGGCAAAGGUGGAGGAGGUGGAAAUUUGAGUGCAAUUGCCGGAUCCAGUCAUCGAGUAUCUUUGGCAGAAAAAAAAGCACUUUGGCCGAACAAAAACGAUGACAAGAUGGAUGAAAGGAAACAGACACAACAGAAAACAACAAGCACCAAGCAACAGCAGCUUCCAUCGCGUGACACAACCCCAAACAAUCGAAAAGGAACUGGACAUCGAAAGCAUGUGGAAAAAGAAGAAGGACGAGGUGGCUCAUCUACCUUGACCGUUAGUGAAUUAUCACCAAAGAAACGAUAUCCGUGCACCGCUGCUCGCAUCACUGAGCAAGCUGCAAGCGGACGCGGCAAUAUCAACCCAGAUACGCCAGGAGGAACAAACACCAUUCAUGAUUGGGAGCAAGAAAUCGAAAGAAGCGAACAAAUCGACCAACAAAGAACGAAGGACGAUUCUUGCAAAGAAAAAACAUUGCUAGAGUGUAGGAGAUCAUCACCUCAGGAGCUAGAACAAAAUAAGAACACGAUGAAACUUUGUUGGAAUAAUCCAGAAAAAAAAGAAUUUGAUGUCAGCAGUGGCGAAACACACCAACAGGGCCCUACAAAAGCACCGUGUAUGGAUAGUAGUGAAGGGAUACUGCCAGAUGACGAUGACGCAACUGACAACAACGACAGAAGCUGCAAAGCAAUAGAAGCGGAGCAUUUUUCAGAAACUGAAUCAUCGGAAUCGCAUGGCAUAUUGCAAAAGAACCGAACCGUUCUACGCUUUGUUCGCAAAAGUCUGGAAAAUACAGCAAUGUCCGUGAUAUAUUCUAAAAAUUUUAUAGAGAAUGAAACAAUUGAAACAGAGUAUCCACGUAACUUGGAUGACAACAUCGAGAUAUUGAGUCGUGAAGCGGAAAAUUUAGCGCUGCAAUUUAAACCUUCGGAAGAGAAACUUGUACAGUAUGGUCCAAUUUUUGAUCUUGAAAAGUUCGAGGAACAACGUAAACAACAGAAAAAAGAAGAUGAUGAAGAUGAAGCCAUUGGAAUUUCUCCUUGUGGUCGAUUUUUGAAAUACGAUAAAGAAGUUGGCCGUGGGUCUUUCAAAACUGUGUACCGUGGGUUGGAUACGCAAACCGGUGUAGCCGUUGCAUGGUGUGAGCUUUUGGAGAAAAAAGUGAACCGUGUUGAGCGAGCACGGUUUCGGGAGGAAGCAGAAAUGUUGAAGAAACUACAGCAUCCUAAUAUAGUACGAUUUUACAAUUAUUGGGAAGCUGCACCAACGGCUGGAAACAAGAAGAAAAAUAUUGUUCUCGUUACUGAGCUAAUGCUUUCUGGAACAUUAAAAUCGUAUUUGAGAAGAUUUAAAAAAAUUAAUCCAAAAGUGCUCAAGUCCUGGUGUCGGCAAAUAUUAAAGGGGUUGCAUUUCCUACACUCUCGUACACCGCCAAUUAUCCAUCGUGAUCUGAAAUGUGAUAAUAUAUUUAUAACUGGAACGACAGGGAGUGUUAAAAUAGGUGAUCUAGGAUUAGCCACACUAAAAAAUCGCAGUUUUGCUAAAUCGGUUAUCGGCACACCGGAAUUCAUGGCACCCGAAAUGUAUGAGGAACACUAUGACGAGGCUGUAGAUGUGUAUGCCUUCGGGAUGUGCAUGCUCGAAAUGGCCACAUCAGAGUAUCCCUACAAUGAAUGUAAUACCCCAGCACAAAUCUAUAAAAAAGUGACGUCCGGUGUUAAGCCUGCAAGUCUUGAAAAGGUAGAAAAUCCUGAAGUACGUGAAAUAAUUGAGCGGUGCAUUCACGAUAAAAAGGAAGGCCGGCCGACAUGUAAAGAGUUGUUAAAUUUUGAAUUUUUCUGCGAAGAUAUCGGUAUCCGUUUAGAGCCGAUAUCUAAGGACGUCUUCUUAGCAAAUCCCGACAGCGUGCGUAUGGAGUUUCGUUUGCGCAUAAUGGAUCCUAAAAAGCGCGUUAACAAGCAUAAGGAGAACGAAGCCAUUCAGUUCGAUUUCGACAUCCGUGUUGAUGACGCCGACGAGAUUGCAAACGAAAUGUAUAAAUCAGGUAUUCUGAUGGAAGAUGACUCGAAAACGGUUGCAAAGAUCCUAAAAGUUCAGAUUCAAACCCUAUUAAAGGAGCGCGAAGAACGAGCGCGCCAACAACAGGUAGAAAAGGAAAAGGAAACUUUGCAACGGCAGGCGCUGAUUGCUGAACAGUUGUAUCAACAGCAACAGUUACAUCAACAAAUGGAAAAUGAUCUUCAGGUUACAGAACUGCAAGUACCGCAGAUAUCACAAAUAGGGGGCUCCGUGUCACAACAAUCUCAACAGCAACAUGUAAUUUCAUCGCAUGCUGUAUUUCAAGCUCCUUCUUCAUUGCCACAAGCAGCGCAACAAACACAACAGCAAAUCAUUUAUCAACAACAAAUGUCGAUUCCAAUUCCGGGCAAUAAUGAACAAUUGCAACAGACUACAUACCCGCCACUUCAGACGCCAGCAACAGUCGGAGGACAGUUCGUUGUUAAUCAGCCUGCCCAGCAACCCAAUCUUCAUCAACCGAUACAAGUUAUUCCACAACAAACUCAGUAUCUCAACCAACUUGUUCAAUCAACACAAACCAAUCUGGUUCCUGCUCAACAGCAGCAGCAGCAGACCAAUUAUUUAUCACAGCAAGUGUUUGUUGAUGCACAAUCACAACAGCAAUAUUUGAUUCCAAUGCAGCAGCAACAACUACAGCAACAAGCGACACAACAGAGUCAAACCCAAGGACACUUCAUGAAUCAUCAAAUGGGGAGCGCACAGCAGCAAUUAGUGCAACAAAUUCUACACUUGCAACAACAAAAUUUGGCCAUAAUACAACAACAACAACAUCAAGCUGAGAUACAAGAACAAAUUUCUACACUAGAGCAACAACUCCAGGGAAUAAUUCCUAUUCAUAAUCCUCCUGUACAGGGUGGCAUUCACCAUCAACAACAACAAUCUGUGUAUAUGUCACAACAAUCGCAACAAACUGCAUCUUCUAAUCUCCUAAUCCCACCCAGUCAUGCUUCCUUCAUUCCCACUCAGCAACAAAUGGCAGAUACAACAGCUGCAGUACAGUUGCACCAAUCACUGUCAUCGCAAAUUGGGAACUCAAAACCUCCUCAACAACAACAUCCAAGCUCUUCGACCACAGUGCUUGUGCAUCAUCAUCAGCAACAGCAACAGAUAGCUGUCCUGCCGGCUCCUCAGCAGCAGCACCAACAAUCACAUUUUAACAAACCGUCGCAAUCUCAAUCUCAAUCGGCGCAACCUGCAGUUGCGUACCCUACAGCCACCACGCAUUUGGCUCAUCAAUCGAUGUCUAUUCAAAACAAAACCCCAGCAACAUGUAUCAUGAACUUACAAAAUACACAGCAAAUAGUAGCACAAGCUGUUUCAUCUUCACAGCAACAGCUUCAUGAAGCUCUUCCCGUUCCGGUAUUAUCUAACAGCGUCUUACAAUUACAACAACGAAUGCAACAACAAAACCCAAAACAAGAUCUGUUGCAGUACGAAGAAAAACAAGCACAACAAGAAUCUCUAGAGCAGGAGCUUCUUAAUGAAACGCAGAUCAAGCUGCAACUGGAAAAACAACAAGAGCAACAAGAAAUACAAGAACAACUGGAUGAUCAGGGGCAAGAAUAUGAAAAUGCGCAAGAGCAAAAAGACAUACUUGAUCAGUUGCAACAACAAGUGCAAUUGGAAGAACACAGUCAACGGCAGGAGUUACAAGAACAGCAUGAAGAGCAUCAAAAACAAACUGAGCGGCAGGAACUACAACUACUUGACCAACAGACACCGCAAUGCCUAUACCGACACCAACAACAAGAAACUAAUCAAGUCUUAAAUCUGGAUACCUCCAAUAACGAAAUUCAAACUGCUGAUUCAAUUGGUGGAGGUGCUGCUAGUAAUGAUGGAAUGAACGAUCAAAAUAUAGCAUCAUCAAUUCCACACGCUGCUCAUUCUGCAGGACAAGUUUCUCUGCCGAAGCGAUUAACGAACGAGAUGAAAAAACGACGUAAUCAUCGUUCCACGGAGCGAAAUCCGAAAUUACACGUGCUUGGUUAUGAAAAUCAUAUUAUCGAGUGUGAAAUGGAAAAUCGACCGAAAACAAUUAAAUUUAAAUUUGAUCCAAGUAAUGUUAAUCCGGUAGAAGUUGCACAGGAUCUAGUCAGACAGGAUCUUCUAAGUGAAUCACAAAUGACAAUAUUCAUUGAAAUGGUUCGUGACAUUCAGCGUCAGCUAAAAGAAAAUCCCAAUCAACUCCCUGUAGCCUCACAGUCUUAUCGACGAUCUUUGGAAAAGGUGCGACACGCGUCUUUAACACGCCAGCGUUCGAAUUUUAAAACACAUCAGAGACACAGAUCUCGUGAUGAAACAUCGACGACAGCUGCAAACUUUACUCACAUUUUUGAUCCCACUAUCAUCGAUCGUCAAGCAUUGGGAACAGGAAUUUCUUCAAGUAUGGCAACAUUGUCAUCAACACCAUCAUCUUCAUCCUCUCGUUUACCCGCCGUACAGCAAAAUAUUAUUUCAUCUGAACUAACUACCGACGAAAGCGCUUCGCUUGAUAUAUUGUCGCAACAACAACCUGUUGAUGCUGGAGUGGUGGGAGCGGUUGCUGUUGAGAAUACUGCCGUCGUUUCCUCUCUGAUUCCUCAACAAGAAGUAAACACUAGCUGCAUUGGGGGGAAUGUUGAAAUGUCGGUGCAUGAUGAUGCUGGUGUCAGUAUAAAUGACAAUAACAGUAGCUGCGAUGAAAACUCUCGCAAAGCGAGUACCAUCAGCACAGAUUACACAUCGCAUGAGAAUACUCCUGAAAACACCAUUACAUCUGCGGCCGCAGCGGCCUCAACAGAAGGCAGCCUUGGUAUCCUUCCACAUAGGAAGAGCUUCAGCGAAGCGGAUUACGAAACCAACGCGACGGUAUUAUCAUCCAUUCCAGGCAAUUCUAAUGCAUUGUCAAAUAACGAUGAAGCAACGGAGCCUACCAUUGCAUCCCAUUCUAUGGUGCCAUUACCAGUAGAAUCAGAAGGAGUUUCAUCUCCCAUCAUGACGAAUAUCGCUGAUCAACAGGGAUCUCUCCCGGAAAGUAAUCUAUCCUACUACACCACACAUAGAGAGUUAUCGAGCGUUACAUUUCCUUCGGUAAAGGAUAUUUCUAGUCAAAAUGUACAACCCUUGUCGACACUCUCUACCACCACCAGUGUUACUGAAGUUGAUAACGCUGUUUCAACAGUUAUUAGUGUGGAAGUAGAAUCUAGACAAAGCAACCAAGCUCAUCCCUCUGUUGAAACUCCUCGGCUGAAAGAACGCAAGCUUUCACGCUUUUCUGUGACUCCAGUUAUUAUUCAACCUGAGUCUUUGGUGGAAGAUGUUUAUGAAAGUAGUACUACUACUGCUACCAUGUUAAAUAAUUCACCAACAAAAUCAUCUGCUCCUGCUGCCGGUGUGGGAGAAGCUUUUACGGAACCAACAUCAACACAAAAUGCCGCCGAUCCUAUAGAGGAAGCCAUUUAUCAUCAACACCAGGCGCCCAUUUAUACAUCACCUCCGGGGAUCGUCACCCCCCUGUCAGAUGAGUACGCGUUAGAUACGGCCAAACAAUCGUUAUCAGUUGUAGAAAUGGAACAACAACUCUAUUCAAAUGUCUAUAAAGAUAUAUCAAAACCUCAAAUCCAGCAAAAUGUAUAUCUUCAUCAACAAUCAUUGGACAUGGCUUUGCCACAGCAACAACAGCAACAACAAUCGUUCAUUGUUACUCAACCAAUAACUGAUGUUGGCGAUACAGCUACUGCACAACAAGUUCAAUAUCAAAUACAAAUGGCGCAACAAAUAGCUAUUCAGCAAGCCAUUCUGCAGCAACAUCACCUACAGUAUCAACAAACAAGCGGCGGUAAUUCCAAUAUCCCAAUAAAUGAAAUAAAUUCAAUAGAUUCCGAGUUAUCGCAAAACUUUUACCAAUCACAACUACCACAUCAGCAACAACAGUUGCAAUUUCAGAUAUUGCAAGCUCAACAGCAGACACAACAGCAACAACAAAAUCAGCUUAUUCAACAGGGUAAUAUAGGUGGAACGGUAUCCACUCAGGUUUCCACGGAACAAGGAGGGCGCGAAUCUCUGCCCAACAGUAAUCGAAUGCCGGAAACCCUAGAACAACUUAAGAUUGGUCUAGAAAAUAUAACACAUGUUCAUGUAAAUACAAACAAAACAGGUAGUGGGGGAUCGGCGACAAGUCUUUCUUCACAGGCUAGUGCGACCGCAUUGUCCGCUAUGAUUUCUCCUCACCCCGUUCCGUAUCCAAUACAACAAUCGGAAGUAACAGGACCACAACAACAACAGCAACAACAAGUGGUAUUUUAUCAAGCGCAAGAGUAUAUAAUAUCCGAUGCUAAUAUGGGUGGGUCCGCUGCAGACGAAGGAAACAUAGAACAGUCGGUUGUCUCUGCUAAAUCUCAAGAGUAUAUUGUUAAAGAAGGAACAAGUUACGCAGCUGUGGUGGCUGGUGAUUACUCUCCACAAGUCCUAGCCUCGCAACCCCAAUCCAUUAUCACAGUAUAUGAUCCAACGAGUACUGAACUUCAACAACAGUGCGUUUCACGACGCACCUCAUCGGAACUAGUCAACGCUGAUGUUUCAUCAACGAUAGAGUCCAUUGAUGUUGCAUCAUACUCUAUGCAAAAAGUACUUGGAGGAGAACUAAACAAUGGUCGAGGCGAAGAAAGCGAAAGUGAUCCGAAUAACACUUCGUAUAGUCAAGAAAAACAGCAGCUUCUAUCAAAUUUGCAAGGCAGCAUAGAUCGAAAUGAUAGUUCUAGUAGUCUUGCAGGUCUGCAUUUAAAGCUUUCACAACUAACAUUUGUUGGUAACGAAUCACCGAAAUCGGCUUCAAAAAUGGUACUGGAUCAACAAACUAUUUCGGAACCAUCAAAUCAACUAGAUGCUGUUACAAGUCCUGCUGCCAUUGAACAUACCUCUAAUAACAUGAUUGUUUCAAACGAUUCAAAGCCGUUGACACGAAAAGUGUCACGGUUUCAAGUGCAAACCGUAGAGGAAGCUCCAAAAGUAAUAGCCACAUCGCCCAUGGUUUCUAGCGAAAACCAAACUAAUAACACGUUUUUGUCCCCAACGGAUGAAAAGCCUCGUCUAGCAUUCGCACCUUCUCUACAUUCGGGAGCUGCGACAGUUCCUACAUGUGAAGUUCCUACGUCCUGCAAUGAUCUUGAAACGAAACUAAAUCAAGUCCUUCCAAAAACCCCAAUCACUGAAUCAUCGCCAAUGAAUUUUAACAUCAAUGUUGCAUCAUCGUCCAAUCAAAACCAGCAACAGCAAUUACCCCUUGUGCCAGUCAAUGUUCCGGCACCAGAAGUAAACACAAUCGUUCAGCAAGUGCAGUUAGUAAAGCCACAGCAACCGCCUGCACAGUUUCCUCAACAAUCACUGCUGACACAUAUGCACAUGCCAACGAAUAAAAAUAAUGGAAUUCAAGGAACGAUUCAAUCCGCUCCUUCAGGUCAUGAGCAAUCGCAGCAAGGAUCAAUCAAUACUACCAAUGUUUCUCCUCAAUCAAUUCAGACCGCCGAUUGUACAGGAGGGCCUAUAUUUAACAAUGCAGAUAUUGGACAGAACUUACUUGCAAUUCAAAAUCAUCUUUGUGGAUGCCAAUUGAUGCCAAGUGCUAGACAGCAACUACAGCUUUUGUUACAACGGCAACAUAUUGAGCACGAAGAGCUUAAAUUACGUCACUUUUUGGAGCUCGAGAAGUUCCUCAAGCAACAGAAAGAAGAAAUGAAGCCUAUCCACCAAGUGUCCGUAUCAGCUCCAAUAUCAGUUUCACAGGCAUCACAAGCUCCACAGUCAACUACAUCUUCGACAGCAACGCAACCAGCAGCAUUAAAUUGUAGCCCAUCUGCAACGGUAUCAUCACCAUCGCAACCUCGUCAAAUGGUCUCAGUCGUACAGCAAUCCCAGAUUAUUACUGCUCUAACAUCGGCAAUGUCUCCCGCACCCCCUCAUGCAACUCCUGUGAAUCGUGUUGAGUUUGAUGUUUUGAACCCUAUGGUACAGGCUCCCAUGGCGGUGAUUUCGUCGUAUGGCAGCAAUAGUAGCUUUUCAGGUACGAUUGCCUCGAGUAGCACGGGAGCAUCCACAGGAGGAAGCGGGGCUGAAACAGAUAUAUAAUAGAUAAUAGCCAAGAUAGGGUUUAAAAUCAUCCAAUAGAAUCUUGUUACAAUAUGUUAAUAGAGUCAUGUUAUAACAACGGAAAACAACUGCAAUCAAGUGCGAAUUCUUGAUAUUUUUGUUUGUUUGUCAGCGUGCUUGUUUGUAAACAGAGUACACCAGUAGAAAUUAUCAGUUGAAUAAUUUUCAAAAUCAUUUGUACGUUUAACUUUUUAAAAAUCAAUUUAUUGUUGUUGCGUUUCAUACUGAUAUCGUUUGUUUAAAUACAUUGACGCCGUUUUGCCACUGGUUUGUGGGAGUUUUUGA